AUGUCAACGACGAUAAUCGAAAUUCCCGACGAACUUGAGCUCGACGAUGAUUACGACUUGACUCCGUUGAUGAAUCUGCCGCGCGCCUUCAAAGACAAUGCGGUCUUCAAUAUAAGUGGGGUGAUCGUUUCCAUAUCCGAGACGACACAUAUACAGAGGAUGAAGGACAAUAAGCUCAUCCCUAAAUACGAUAUACGAAUCGCGGAUCAGCACAAAAAAUUGGUGAAUAUCACGGUAUGGAGCGACGACCGCGUCGAUAUCGUCGACAAUACUGGCCGUGCUGUAAUUCUGACCAGGGUGAAAACGAAGGUCUACAACGGCCAUCCGACAUUCACUCUCACGCAGGAUUCGGAAAAAAUAUUCGACGAUACGAUCCACGAGAUACGUGUUUUGAACGAAUGGUGGACAGCUCAUAGCUCGGUUAGGGGGGACCUCGGUCCUCUUUUCCAGUUUUCGAUAGAAACCAAAAGAGUCGUCAUAGCGAACAUGAUUCAUGAUCUCGUUGAAAUGCCGGCGGAGGUGUACGCCAAAUUCGUGAUCCGUGGCAAAGUGGUGAACUUCGAUGACAGAUUACACUUUUACAAAUCGUGUCCGAAUGUGACUUGUUACAAAAAAUUAGAGGAAAGAUCCUCGGGCACAUAUUGGUGCCCUAGGUGUCGCCACGAAGCUAGAUCACAUGACGUGGGCGCAACGACGUCAAGCGAAAUAGAAGACGUGACCGGACAGCGAGUGGAAUGUACGGUUUUUGGAAUGACCAUCUCAGUUUUGUUUGAUCAUAAUCUGGACGACGUGACCACGUCUGCUUCUAGUAUGGAGCCAAUUCGGGCUCUACGGGACAAAGUCUUUGAUUUCAAAAUUUCUGCGAAGAGAUGUUUUUUCUCGGGUGGUCAUAAGAAUGUUUUCGCAGUCCAAGGCUGUGACAUUGUUUCAGACGAAUAUACAUUACGAAGAUUACGUUUAGACUUUACGAAGCCCGGUUAUCCAUUUUCAUUACAGCGCUCAACGCUAUUCGGUGGAGUAUGCGGGGAUAACCGGCCCUCCGGGUGGUGGUUGGCCCGGGGGGUUUGGCCGGAGAGUUGA